GGUGAGCCGGCCUGAGGUCGCCGUGCGGACCGGAGGGACCCGGCCAGCGCGCCACGUGGCGCAGCCGGGGCGCAGGACCCAGCAUGAGCGACAUCCCCUGCAAGAAACGCGAGGACUAUUUGGAAUGGCCCGAGUAUUUCAUGGCCGUGGCCUUCCUGUCGGCACAGAGGAGCAAGGACCCCAAUUCCCAGGUGGGAGCCUGCAUCGUCAACGCAGAAAACAAGAUCGUGGGGAUCGGGUACAACGGGAUGCCGAACGGGUGCAGCGACGACCUGCUGCCGUGGAGGAGGACGGCGGAGCGGAAGCUGGACACCAAGUACCCUUACGUGUGCCACGCCGAGCUGAACGCCAUCAUGAACAAGAACUCGGCCGACGUGAAGGGCUGCACCAUCUACGUGGCCUUGUUCCCGUGUAACGAGUGCGCGAAGCUCAUCAUCCAGGCAGGUAUCAAAGAAGUGAUCUUCAUGUCUGAUAAGUACCACGAUAGCGAGGAGACCACCGCCGCCAGGCUCAUGUUUGAUAUGGCUGGGGUCGCCUUCAGGAAAUUCACACCCAAGUGCAGCAAGAUCGUCAUUGACUUUGAUUCCAUCAACAGCAGGCCCAGCCAGAAGCUUCCGUGAGUCCCAUCCCAUUGCACGGCCGGGAGUGGGGACCCCCUCCUCCAGGAGCCGGGGCGCCUUUCACCUGGAGUUACACGCAGCCUUCCCGUCCGGGGGGCUCUCCGAGACGCACAUCUAAAGCACGCAGAGCCUCACCUCCCCGACUCCCUCCCGCCGCCCGGAAUCUGCGUCCGAUUAAGCUGUUGCUUUAGGGUUAAGAUAACGGGGCCCUUGCCCGGCCCGUCUCGAGGGGCUGGCGCGGGGUGCCUGCCCCUUUGCGUGCUGGUUUGCUGGGGUGCAGGAGAGCGUCCCCACGCGCGCCGUCACCCACCGCACGUCACCGCUGCUGCACGCGGCGGCAUGUGCUAGGCGGGCAAAUGAUGGCCAUCGUGUCCUGCGGCAGAGCCGGCACGCUGAUGGGAACAUCUGGCCCACAUGAAGCAGAGCGGGUAGUGCCCGUGGGAACACACGGAGGGCCCGCGUGGCAGCGGCAUUGAGCUGUGUGCUUGGGAGUCCGGGGUCCCCCACCCCCAGACACCCGGAGAGGACGGCCGCUGUCGUCAUGGUGGUGGCGGAGCUGAGUUCUGGACCCUUUCUCCGCGUUGCUGUCCUGCUCCCCCCGGGGAGUGGCCUCCUGUCCCUCUGGGGGUGGGGACUCCGGUGGUUUUGUUGUUUUUUCUGACUCCUGUGUUUUUAUGUCUCAUUUGUUGUUUGUUGGUCACAUAUUACAUCGUUGUUCCCGAGCAGACAGCUCAUCUUGUCGCCCCCAAGACCACAUCCUGCUGCGGGGGCGGGGACUGUGUGGAGGGGCGGCCAUCACGGGUCAUUCCCAAGGCCACUCCCAAGGCCACUCCACAGCCUCGGAGUAAGUGAUUCCUAACCUGUAAGUGAGAUGUGCGGCGAUCCAGGUGCCUCCAGGCGGUUUUCGCCAGAUCUGGUGGCGGGGCCUCAUCUGCGCCCCCGGCUCCGGGCCUUCCUCCUCGGACACUGAUCGCACCUUCCUGUCGCUGUGAGGGUGGGGGUGUGGCUGUCUGGACACCUGUCUCUAAUCCCACUCAGUUUUUACUGAACGUGCUCAGUCAGCCCCUCUGUGAGAAAGUGGUUUCUUUACCCUAAAGGUGAUGACUAGCUUUAAAGGGCUCUUAUAUUUUUAUGAGUUUUUAUUUUGUCUCUGAGGUUUUGUACUCCGUAUUCCGGAGCAUUUUGUAAUUUGGCUCCUUA